UCAUGUUACUACUGUACGUCCAGACCGAUUGGUAAUGUGCUCGCAAGGGGAAAAUAUGGAGCUUGUGGUCCUCUCAUUAAAUUCUUCUCCUUUUUCAUCUUUUUAUCAAAGGGUUGUAGUCUUCUUCCUCUUGACUGCUAGCUAGCUAGUUUCAUCGAUCCUUUCUUUAUCUCCUUUCCUCGGUUGUCUUCCUUCGUUUUGCAAAAAUGGCAACACGCAGAGCUGAGGGAAAGAGGAGCUUCAAGUGCAAGGCAGUGGAGGAAGAGGAAGAGGAGGAGGAGGAUGUUGGUAAUUUAAGAUUUGGAGAGGACGAGAAGAAGAAGCAGAGAGAAAUGAUGAGUUCCUCUAGCACGAGAGCUUAUGGCAGUGGAGGGUCAACGCCGGUCGUUGUUUGCCAGGUGGAGAAUUGCGAUGCUGAUUUCGCUGAUGCCAAGCCGUACCACCGGCGUCAUAAGGUUUGUGAACUUCAUGCUAAGGCUCCGGCUGUCCAUCUUCAUGGUCUCCAGAAAAGGUUUUGCCAGCAAUGUAGCAGGUUCCAUUUGUUAUCGGAGUUUGAUGAAAACAAGAGGAGUUGUCGGGAACGGCUAGCCGGACACAAUGAGAGGCGCCGGAAAAUUUCUUCUGAUGUCCAUGAGAAGGCUCACAUUGAAAAGGAUGAUUAACUGUAGGCUGCAAGAUCAGAGUUCCCAGGUGACGAUUCCAGCUGCAUUGGCAGGAAAUGCCCGAACCAUGGUAGGACCCAGACCUGCGUAGCAUCCUUUUAAGUCCAGCCCUCCUGUAAAUCCAAAACAGAAGACCCAUUCAACUUCUCUCCUCUAGGCUCCAUGCCCAAAAAGAAAGGCUGCUUUUGUUCUCUUUUCUUCCUUUUUGUAAAUAGAAAAAAGAGAAGAAGGCUGUCGUUGAUGGCUAUCAUGAAAUGGAAGAUGGAUUACGAAGCUCAAAAUAUGGAAAGGAUUCCUUGAAGUGCUUUUAUC